AUGCCCUGGCAGAACCUGCAGGGUCGUUGCCAAGAGCUUAGCGAGCAGGUUCUGCUGGUGCUGCUUCUGUACCACCUCAAAGGAGAGCCUUCGCUGCUGUUCAGUGGCGCCUCGCAUCUCUGUUCUGCGCGACGCUACGACACUCUGCAUCCAAAUCAUGAACCUUCGAAGGAGAUGCCUUUUUGCAGUCUGCAACCGCAUCAACUCCAUCACACCCUUGGCGCGCAACUGUCGUAG